UUAGACUUAUGUACAAGUUUAGUUAAAAUGUUUGAAAAUAUGACAGAGCCACUGCAGCUUGUAAAGAAUGGGAAGACUGCUUUAAUUAUUUCUUCAGAAGAAGUUGGCCAAUGGAAUGAUCUUUUAUCGCAAUGGAAUUCAAAUGGAGGCGAAUGGUUUCAAUGUAGUUUCUGUGAUAAAGUGUUUGUGAAUGCUCAAGUAUUUAAUCAGCAUUGUGAAAUGCACGACGUAGAAACUACUUUGGAUGACUCGAUUACCGUUUCUGAAGUUUGGUCGGAAGGAAUUUGGGAUAACGACAAUUCAGAUGUUUCAAGUUUAGUCUCAGAACCAUUAGUUGUGCCUCAGCCUGAAAAAAAGAUUGCAGUUAAAAAAGCCCCAAGAAAACAACCAUUAGUUAAACAAUCUAGAACUAAAACAGCUGCAAGAAAAAAUACUUUAGCGAUAAAAAAUUCAGCAAACAAGUCUCCAACAAAAAUUACUCCGUCAAAAAACAUAUUAACAGAAAAAGUCCAAAUGGAAGAUGAAUCAACAGAAAAAUUUCCAAUUAAAGAAGCUCCAGCAAAGAGACUUUCUGUGAAAAAAGCCCCAAUAAAAAAAACUAAAAAAAAAAAAGUAAAAACACUUAAGAAAAAAGUUAAAAAAGUCAAACCUGAAAAAAAGGUUGUGGAAAAAGCUCCUAUUGUAUGCGACGUGUGUGGAAAGGUAUUCACGCAAGCUUUUCGCCUACGACAACAUGCAGUGACCCAUUCGGACGUUAAGCAGUUUACAUGCGAAGUUUGUGGUACGAGCUUUAAGCAGUUUGGACACGUAAAGGAACAUAUGAGAAUCCACACUAACUCGAAACCUUAUAAAUGUGAUGUUUGUAACAAGGAUUUUAGACGGGUUGGCGAAAUGAACAGACACAAAUUACUUCAUACUGAUGAAAAAAAGUAUAAGUGUGACAAAUGUGAAAAAAUGUUUUAUCGUGCGAGCCAUGUAAAAUCUCACAUGCGAGUCCACACUGGUAUUAAGCCUUAUGAAUGCCAGGAGUGUAAUAAAACAUUUGGGACAAAUGGUAACCUUAAAUCACACAUGAAAGCUCACUCUAAAGGUACAAAGUCCAACAACUUGGUGAAGACUUUGGUGGUUGUAGAAAACGGUCUUAAUAUGGACAAAACUUUGGUCCCUGCCAUUAGUACGAUAAAUGUUCCCGAUAUGGGUAAAACGAUGGAUGAUGUGGCUCCUAUGUUGAACAUUGUUGUUGGUUUGUUAGAUGUAGAUUGGACAAUACAUAGAAUGGUUGUAACUAUAACAGGGCAACUGCAAUUGGUAAAAGAUGGAAAAUGGCUUAGUUUAUUCCUUCAGAAAAAAUACAGAACACUAAAUAGAAUGGCUGUGAGUAUAAGGGAUUCUGUACAACUGCUAAAAGAUGAAAAAAUAGCUUUGAUCGUCCCAUUGGAAGAUGCCGAUGAGUGGAAUGAGUUGUUGUCAGAAUGGGAUUUGAAUCAUGCGGAUCAAUGGUUUCAAUGUAGUUUCUGUAAUAAAGUGUUUAUGAAUGCACGAGACUUCAAUGACCAUUGUGAAACACACUAUGUAGAAACUAUUGUGGAAAAUACACUUGCUGUGUCUGAAGUAUGGUCAGAAGGAAAUUCCGAUUACAGGCUCGAUAUUUCAAGUAUUGUCUCUUCACCAAGGGUAGUGCUGGAGCAUCUGAAUAAAGUCUCAAUAAUACAGGUACCAGCCAAAAAAAUUUCACUUAAAAAGGAAGCAAAAAAAGCCACACCAAAAAGGGCAUUUGUGAAAAAAGCUACACCAAAAAUGAAUAAAACUGCAACAAAAAAAGCUACACCAAAGAUAGGUUUGGCAAAAAAAGCUGCACCAAAGAAAGGAUUGGCAAAAAAAGCUGCACCAAAAAAAGUUAAGGUUGCCAAGAAAAAGGAAAAAGUUGUUAAAACUGUAAGGAAGAGGAAAGUUACCAAGAAGGGACCUUGUGUUUGUGACGUUUGUGGUAAAUCCUGCCCAAAUUCUGCCAGCUUUAAGGCCCAUGCAGUAUCCCAUACUGAUGAGAAACCUUAUACAUGCGAGAUGUGCGGUAAGGGCUUCAAAUUGCCAGGCCAUUUAAAACAACACAUCAUGAUCCACACUGGUGAGAAACCUUUUAAAUGUGGGGUUUGUGGCAAGUCUUUUAACCAUAUUGGUAUUUUGAAUAGACAUCAAAAAACCCACACCGGUGAAACCAGAUACAAAUGCGAUCAAUGUGAUUAUUCUUUUUAUCAGUUAACCCAUUUAAAGUCUCACCGACUAGUACACACUGACGUGAAACCUUUCGAAUGUGAGGUGUGUCAUAAAACGUUUAGGAAACCAGGCACCCUUAAAAUUCACAUGCGUUCGCACACUGGUUUAAAGCCUUAUGCAUGCAAGGAGUGUCAAAGACCAUUUAGCACAAGCAGUAACCUAAAAACCCACAUGAAAGUUCAUUCUAAAAAUGUGAAAAAUGGUGCUAACAAGUCUGACAACUUGGAAAAGAAUGUGGUACCUGUGGAAAAUGGUCCUAUUUUGGAAAUAAAUAUGGCCCCUGUGGAAAAUGGUUCUGUCUUAGAAAAAAACAUGGCCCCUGUGGAAAAUAGUCCUAUUUUGGAAAAAAAUAUGGUCGUUGUGGAAAAUGGUCCUGCCUACAGAACAAUAUAUAGAAUGGCUGUGAGUAUAAGGGAUUCUGUACAACUGGUAAAAGAUGAAAAAAUAGCUUUGAUCGUCCCAUUGGAAGAUGCUGAUGAGUGGAAUGAGUUGUUGUCAGAAUGGGAUUUAAAUCAUGCAGAUCAAUGGUUUCAAUGUAGUUUCUGUAAUAAAGUGUUUAUGGAUGCCCAAGACUUCAAUGAGCAUUGUGAAACACACUAUGUAGAAACUAUUGUGGAAAAUACACUUGCUGUGUCUGAGGUAUGGUCACAAGGAAAUUCCGAUAACAGGCUCGAUAUUUCAAGUAUUGUCUCUUCACCAAGGGUAGUGCUGGAGCAUCUGAAUAAAGUCUCAAUAAUAAAAAUACCAGCACAUAAAAUUUUACUAAAAAGGACAGCAAAAACUGCUACACCUAAAAGAUUAUCUGUGAAAAAAGCAACACCUCAAAGAGCUUCUCUAAAAAGAGAUACACUGAAAAAAUUUGCCAAAAAUAAAACUAUCCCCAAAAAAGGUUUAACAAAAAAAGGUACACCACAAAUAUCGGCACGAAAUACAGUUAAGGUUGCCAAGAAAAAAGAAACAGUUGUUAAAACUGUAAGGAAGAGGAAAGUUAGCAAGAAGGCACCUUGUGUUUGUGACGUUUGUGGUAAAUCCUGGGCAAAUCCUACUAGUCUUAAGGUUCAUUCAGUAUCCCAUACUGAUGAGAAACCUUAUACAUGCGAGAUGUGCGGUAAGGGCUUCAAAUUGCCCGGCCAUUUAAAACAACACAUCAUGAUCCACACUGGUGAGAAGCCUUUUAAAUGUGGGGUUUGUGACAAACCCUUUAACCAUAUUGGUGGUUUGAACAGACACCAAAAAACUCACACCGGUGAAACACGGUAUAAAUGCGAUCAAUGUGAUUAUUCUUUUUAUCGACUAACUCAUUUAAAGUCUCACCGACUAGUACAUACUGGUGUCAAACCUUUCGAAUGUGAGGUGUGUCAUAAAAUGUUCGGACAGGCAGGUAACCUAAAAAUUCACAUGCGAGUCCACACUGGGUUAAAGCCUUAUGAAUGUCAUGUCUGUCAUAGACCAUUUAGUACAAGUGGUAACCUAAAAACCCACAUGAAAAUUCACUUUAAAAAUGUGGAAAAUGUUCCCGAAAAGCCUGACAAUUUAAAAAAGAAUAUGGUCCCUGUGAAAAAUGGUACUGUCUUGAAAAAGAGUUUGGAACCUGUAGAAAAUGGCCUCGUCUUCGAUAAAAAUUUGGUCCCUGUGGAAAGUAGUCCUGUAUUAGGCACCACUUUAAAUAAAAUUAUCAUUACCACGAUUUAUUAUUUUGUAAGGGGUAGAGUGUAUAACAUGAUAAAAAUGGAUGAAAAUGUUGUAGAUUCAUUGGAACUGAAAAAAGAUGAAAAGAUUGCAUUGGUUGUUCCUGUUAAAGACAUUGAAAGAUGGAAUGAACUUUUGUCUGAAUGGGAUUCCAAGGGGCAAGAGCAAUGGUUCCAAUGCAGCUUCUGUGAAAAAGUGUUUUUAAAUGUCAAUACAUUAAGAGAACACCAUGAAAUGCAUGAUAUAGAAGGUACUUUGGAUGAUCCCAGUACUUUAGAACUGUUGUCUGAAGAAAAAUGUGGGAAUAAGUCGAACAUUGACAGCAUUAUCUCCACACCAACAAAAGUACUAAAGCCCCGGAAACAUGAUGCAACCAAAAAAUGUGUGACUACUAAGGUAGUUAAGAAAACUAUUAAAGUUUCAAAACCUGUAAAGAAAAAGGUUAGAGUGCGAAAAACUUACGUUUGUGAUUUUUGUGGAAAGUCGUUUUCACAAUCUUAUAACCUCAAAGGACAUGUGCUAACUCAUACUGGUGAAAAACCUUAUAAAUGUGAAGUAUGCGGUAAAGGGUUUAAACUGUCAGGACAUAUAAAAGAACAUAUGAGAAUACACACUGGUGAGAAACCUUACAAAUGUGGGGUUUGCGACAGAGCUUUUAAUCAAAUUGGUGUUUUAAACCGACACCAAAGACUCCACACUGGUGAGAAACGAUUUACAUGUGAUGUAUGUGAUAAAUCUUUCUAUCAUGCGAGCAAUUUAAAAUCUCACCAGAGAGUUCACACUGGGGUAAAACCUUAUGAAUGUGAGGUGUGUCAUAAGACAUUUAGGCAAUCAAGUAAUUUAAAAUCUCAUGUGAAAGUUCACUUUAAAGGUUUCGAGAUCGAAUCUUCCCCUGUGUUUGAAAUCAAAGAAGAAAUUUAGUAAUAUCACAAAACAUUGUAAAAUAUAUAGGUGUUUUUUUCUUGUUAAAAAUGUAAUACAUUAUUUAUUUGAAAAGUGUAUGGAUAUGAAGUUCAAUUCUUCGGCCUUUAAUCUAGUAUGUUAUAGAUUCUAAACUUACGUACUUUUUCUAUUGAUAUUUCUAUUGUGGUAAAAAUUGUUGUUGUUAUAUUUACAUUAAUUAAGUAUAAAGAUACUAUCCAAUAUUCAUCUUGUAAACAUGUAAUGUUUGCUGCAUUUGCAUUUGUGCUGUUUUAUGUAUCGUUCUAUAUUUCUACUUAAACUUUUUCAAGUGAAAUAGCCUAUGUAAUGGUUUACAAAUAAAUACAAAAAAAGUUGUUUUUUUUUAGGUUCUUCUUUAAGCUUUUUAGUGCAAAGAAUGAGUAAUAAAACUGUAUUUUAGAAACAUUACAAGCCAUUGUUUAACACAUAAAACAUCUUACAAUAAUUUAAAAUGUACCCACUUCCAUCUAGUCAUAUUAAACUGUAUUGAAUUGUUUAUUUAAAAUUCUAUACUAAUUUAUCUUUUAGA